AUUAGUGUCAGCAGGAAACCAGGUGUUAAAAGCAAGUGAGAAGCUCGUCUCAAUGUUGGUGAAGCCAACAGACACCUAUGACGGUGUCAAUUUCACAUGUGAUACUGUAGAGGCACAAGUCUUCAUGGUUGGACCAAGUGCCAACUUAGAUAAAAUCCCUCAGCUCAACACUACAAGUGCUUCUAUGGACAUUGAUCUCAUUGGGAUUUCCAAGAACAACAAUCAAACAGGAUCAGCUGCUGUGGCUUUCAUGAGCUACAACACAAUGGAGGACCUACUGAAACCAGACUUCUUCAACAAAUCAAAUAACACCGUUAAUACCAUGAUGUCCACUGUGAUCUCUGCUACUCUUCCUAAAACCACCAACACAACCCUCACCAAACCAGUCAACUUCACCCUCAAACACAUCAGAGAAUUUGUAUCUGGAGGAAAUCUUUCCUGUGUGUACUGGAAAAACAUUGAGUGGGUUGUAGAUGGUUGCUCUGUUGUACAAACCAACAACAACUACACGGUGUGUUCAUGUCUUCAUCUGUCAACAUUCGCUCUCAUCAUGCAAACCAGCAGCAGCCCAUCAGAGGAUGAUCAGCAGAUGGAUCUGUUGAAUUUGGUGUUUGUGAUCGUGGGUCUGGUGUUUACUAGUUUGGCUCUGUUGACUUUUGCUUUUUGUCGAUGGAAACCUGGAGUGAACAAUGUAGCUCGAAUCAACCUCUGCAUCAGUCUGCUGUCUGCUCAUCUUCUGUUCUUACUCACACAACAAUUCAUCAAUCUCAUAAAACCUCACAAGGAGAUGUGUGCUGUGAUAUCAGGAGUUCUUCACUUCUUCUUUCUCUCCUGCUUUGUGUGGAUGUUCAUUGAAGCUGUGCUGCUCUUCAUCUGUGUGAAGAACCUAUCACAGAUCAGCUCCAAACAGAGGGUGGUGCUUAACAGUGGAUUCUUGAUUGUGAUUGGAUAUGUUAUUGCUUUUGUUAUAGUGGGCGUGUCUGUUGGAUUGGUUCCUGAAGGUUAUGGCAGCGAACAAUGCUGGAUUAAACAGGAGAGAGGCUUCAUCUGGAGUUUUCUGGGACCUGUUUGCUUUAUUCUUGCAAUAAACACAAUUCUCUUCAUCAAAGUCAUCAUCAGUCUGAACUCAACUCUCAAAAACCUCAACGCUGAAGUUUCACGAAUGAAACAAACCAAGAUUAUGGUUUUUAAAACUCUGGCCCAGUUUGUGAUUCUUGGUUGUCCAUGGAUUCUGGGUUUCUUCGCUGAGAACAAUCAGAUGAUGAAGAUUCUCUUCCUGAUCCUGAACUCACAGCAAGGAACCUUCAUCUUUCUGGUCUACUGUGUCCUCAGUGAUGAGGUCAGACAGCAGUAUGUGAAGUGGAUGAGAGCUCUCCUUCCUUGGCACAAACACAGAACCAUCAAAGUGCCCUCCAACAAACAGUAAUAACUAAAUGAGUUAGGGUGAGGUUGAGAAACUGAUUUAAACACUGUUUUGUAGUUUAUACUUACAUACUCAAAAAGAAAUACGUAAAAAGCAACUUCAAAUAUAAUGUCACAUAUUCUCUUCUUCGAUGAACAAGUUAUUUAAGUUUUAUUUUAAUACCAGCUGUCAGCACUUAUUUAUUUAUUUAUUUUUAAGUAGGGGUGUUAUCAUGAGCUUUUAUGUUUCUCCUUAUAUUGCCUCUAUUAUCCUACAUAAAUAUUUAGUUUUAAUAUAAGAAAUUACAAAAUAUGAGCUAUGCAGAGUUUGUUGUACAAUGACAGAUAAAAUAGAUGUUUC